AUGGAAAGAAGGCUCAUAAAGAAGGAAGUGAAAAAGCUACUGGGAGAUUAUAUUGGCAUCAGACUUCGAGAAAAUGAAUUUGACCCAAAAGGAAGAAGGCAACUCACCUUUCUAGAUGAUAUGGCACACUAUGACUUGGCCAUCAGCAUUGCUUUGCAAUGGCUGGAUCACUCAGAAGACUUGAAUUGGCUGGAGCGGGAGGAAGUGAAAAUGCCAUUUCAUGGCAGACCCAUAUAUCCAAACCGUAGAGAACGAGAAGCAAUGAUUUUAUCAUCUUAUGCUGGACUCUUAAUGAACAGUGUCCCAAUUGAGGAAGUCUUUAAAAUUUACGGGGCUGAUUCUUCUGCCAAUUCUGGAACUACCAAGGUUCCCCGGAAUCCCCUGUUCCGCUGCUCCUUGCACCCCUUUGCCAUGUUAACAGCGCCCAAAGCCGCAGAAUACGCCCGCAAACAGAGUGUCAAGUUAAGAAGGGGAACAAGAAACAAAACCGUCAGCACCCGCUGUACCGAAGAGCCAAAGGUCACAGGAUGGAAGUCAUUCAAAAGCUUCUCAUACACACUGCCAAAGAACAAAGUAGCUGGGGAGACCAGUGUGGCCCUUUUCACACUGGGCUUUAUCAUAGUUGUUCCCGAGACUUACCCAGAGAGUUGA